UCCUGGGUCUCCUGUAGGGCCGCCGGCCCCGCUCCGCACUGUGAAGUGGAAGGCUCAGGGUUGUAAUUCUUGAGGUCAUCUGCACCUUCUGACUGGGAAAAGAUGGUCAACGUCUUGAAAGGAGUGCUUAUAGAAUGUGAUCCCGCCAUGAAGCAGUUUCUGCUAUACUUGGAUGAGUCCAAUGCCCUGGGGAAGAAGUUCAUCAUUCAAGACAUUGAUGACACGCACGUCUUUGUAAUAGCAGAGUUGGUUAAUGUCCUGCAGGAGCGAGUGGGUGAAUUAAUGGACCAAAAUGCUUUUUCUCUUACCCAGAAGUGAAAAUAUUCAAUGCUGACCACUUAAGGAGUUAUAAGCAGCAAAUGUGAAGGAUGCACCGCUCAGUAUCUCAUGUAACUGUUUGAUCUUAGAGGAUCACUUAGGAGCUUACUGCAGGAGACAGGGAUCAUUUGUUCAGAAAAAGACCCUGAACUGAUUGCGUUGUACCAUAGAAUUAAAAAAUAAAAUCUUCAACAGUUGGCUGUAA